GUUUUGUGUGUUCCUGUGUUCUGUAAUUGUUGUUGACGUAUUCCAAAUUUUACUUUACAUCAAAAUAAAUAAUAUCAAAAACUACAUACUAACUAUAUUAAAAUGCCUCUAAAUGAUGAUACAGAAUGGAAGGAGUCAUUUUUUAAAGACAACUUUAGUGUUGAUAAUAGUCUUUCAAAAUACACUCAAAAAUCCGAUUUAGAAACUCUUAGAAGAGAUUUAAAAAAUUAUGGAACGGAUUUACAACAACAGAUGACUGAAAUUCUCAGAAAUGAGACCGAGGCAAUCGUUAAUUUGGCUGAAUACUUAACAAAUUUAAAUUCAAAAAUUGAACAUUUGUCCCUUCCAUUUUUCCAGCUUAGAGAAGAAAUAAUGGCCUUAUUUAAACUGAUUAACACAACCGAGGCUAGCUAUAAAUUGAUGUUGGACAAUAUUAAAGACAACAACACCACUCACAAUCACCUAAACUUGAAGUUGGGAAUUAUUGCAUGUUCUAUGUAUAUAGAUAAAAUGUUAAAAUCUUCAGCAGACUCAUUUGAAGAUCUAGUUAUUCUAGAACGCAUAGUAGGAAAAUAUUCAUUCCAAAGAAAUUACAUGGAUGAGUUGAAAAUUGUGUCUACAGAAUUGAAAGAUAUCAUGGUGAAUGUAGAAAAUAAAUUACUAGAAAUUAUGAACCGAAAAUUUUUAGCAGCUGUUAAUAAAGGUGAUUCAGAAACAGUUACAAGAUGUUUAAGACUCUAUGACAACUUGAAAAAACAAACAGAAGCUCAAGAGACUUAUAGGAUUAAAGUAGUUAGACCAUAUUUACAGAAGUUAUUUACUGAAAAAAGUCUUGAAAGACACAAUCAAAAUUUGGAGAAGUUAUAUGAGGAAGUCUUGUAUUUUAUGGACACCAAAAUGAAUGUUCUUCUUGAAGUAUUAAAUAAGAAUGCAGAUUUACAAUCAUAUAACUUUGUACUGUAUAGUCUUUGGACAGAAUUUGACAAACAAUCACGUGAAGGUUUACCCUUAAUAACAGCACCUGGAAAUCCUGAAUUAUUUCAAAAAAGAUUUAAAAGUACUUGGAAAAUUUUACUAACUAUUGCUAAGACAUGCAAUAACGAAAAUUUAUUAAAAGAUGAUGAUUCAUUUCAGGAACAUAUAAAAAGAUUCAAUUUGCCAGUUUAUUUCGAAAUUAGGUAUCAAAAAAUUGCAGGAGAUUUUGAAACUUCCAUAUUUAUUGAUAAUAAUGAAUUUUAUGCAGCCAAAAAUGAUAUUUCUUGCAAUUUAAAACCAACAUUGGCUCUUUGGUUUGCAAUAUCCCAAUGUUUUCAUUCAGAUGUGUAUUUAGAACAGCUAGCAGAUCAGUUUGUUAAAUUAUCAAUGUUGCUUCUCUCAAGAUAUUUGAGAUGGUUUGAGGCUACUCUCAAGAAUAGUUUCUCAACAAAUUCAUCAAAAGAAAAAUUCAUAAUGGACUCUUUGAUCGAUUUAAACAUAGUUGAAAAAUUCUUAUGCCCUCUAAUAUUGAAUCCAGCUGACGUUGAAGCAACAAUUUUCAAAAUAUUUGAUAAAAAUGUUGUUUCCCUAAUACCAAACAUAAUAAAAUCAAACAAAAAAUCAAUAGACAACAUUCAAGAUACAUUGAAAAGUAAUUUGGUUAAAAUGAAAGUAGAUGAGAUGUGCAGUCAUUUACAUCGUGUCGGGGCUAUUCCAAGAUUAUACAGAAGAACUAAUAGAAGCACACCUAAAGAACCUAGUUCUUAUAUGAUUGAAGCUGUGAAACCUGUCAUUAACUUCCACAGUACCUUCCAGCAUGUCAUAAGCAACAAAUCUACUGAGAUUUUGAAUGAAGUCAUUUUGGAAGUUACUGAACAGUUUUUAAAAUUAGUCCAAGGUGUGCUAAGAUCAGUUUGUAAAACUGAGGAAUCUUUAAGAAGAUUAAAAAAUAGAAAUGUCGCCGUAUCAGAAGAGAUCGCUCAUCAAUCAGAUACAGGAUCUGACGAAAUGAAAAUUAGAGAACAAAUAAAACUUGACGUUGCCUAUUUUUUGCAAAAGCUAUAUCCUUUAGGCUCUGCAGCAUCCAGAGAACUGAUGGAUUUGCUGAAAAAGGAAAUCUAGGAUUUUGUUAAAUAAAAAUUGUUAUUGUUGAUAAAAUUUAUUUAAUUUAUUACAACUUUCUGUAUAAA